CCACCGGUUGCUCCGCCGAAUCCGUCGACCGCGCACCAGCGGCCGCCACGACGAGCCGAUGACCGACACAUGAAUCAGCAUAUGGUAUUGCUCCUCCCCCCCGCAAUCCUUAAGGAUGCAGUAAAAAAAGGGUGAUAUAUUGUGAGUGACAGUCUGUGUUAAUCAUUUUGACCAUGGGGCUCAGCAAGGUUGAAGUGAACCUGAGAAGGCUGCUUGAGGCAGCUCCUAGACAGCAGAAUCAGGCCAAGCUUGUCCAUUAUGUAACCACGGCCAGGGGGCUGUUGGAGCAGCUCGGAGCAGAAAGUACACCUGAAGGGUUAUCAAGUGUUUCAAAAGCUAAGCCUAGCGGAUAUUCAGAAAUGAUUGAAGCAUUAGCUGCCACGCUCUUUGCUCCACCAGAAAAUGAAAAGCUGGCUGAUGAAAUCAGAGGAGAGUCUUGUCAAGGAGAUCAGAUAGAAAGUACGAUAACCUUGUCAUCAGAAUUGCGGAGGAGAUCAACAGCUCAUUUUGAGAUUGAACCAAACAGUCAUGACAGAAAACAAAGUUAUGUUGGAACACCAAUUAAAUUGGAUGCAGACGCUCAGACUCGCGUUGAAAGGCAGAGAGAGCUGCAAGAAGAUUUGACUGACGAAAUGGUUGAGUUAGCGCACCAACUAAAGGAAAGUAGCCUUGUAAUGAAUCAGUCUGUGCAAGAGACAGGGAAGAUACUUGAUUGCACAGAGAGGGCUGUGGAACAUAGCUUGGCAAGCACCAGUCGAUCGACCGCACACGCAUCAGAGGUAUACUCGCGGCAUUCCAGGACAGGUUGUGUCCAGUGGCUGCUCAUCAUCAUGAUGGCUUGCAUGUUUGUCAUGGUAGUUCUGCUCAUACGGGUCACCUGAUGUCACUGCCGCUGCUGAGAUCAUGCCAUCAGAAACGGUUCUGACAUGACAUAUAUUGACCAGAGCGAGCACCCCCUGCGCUUUCGUUAUGAUUAUUCACACGACGGGGAAGCAAUGUAUACUUGUUUUGUUUGUUAA